CACGUGGUUAUUAGACUAAGAGAUUCUGACCUAGAGUUUUGCGUCCGUAUUACAGCACUACCGCAUCUCCAAAGUCUACCAGCUUUCAAAUCACAUCCCCAAGUACUUUAUUAUUCAGCUAAUAUGGGUUGCUUCGGUGUUCUGAGUAGCUUUCUCCGAAAGGAGAAGAGGGACGAGUCCCAGAGGGGAUACCGGUUGAGGGAGCGAGCUGUCUAUAGGCAACGGCCAAACUCGAGCUUACCUCGCCCGCCUCCGCCAACCAGGCACCAUGAAGGGUCUAGAACACACUCAGAAUGGUGGGAAGACGUGGACGAAUGGGAGCGUCGGCGGGAAUACGCCCGUAUCGUUGCUGAGGCACCACCUAUCAAUGAAGACUUCAUCUGUUACCAGCGGAGUGAGACUCACCGAGAUUCAGUCCUUGCUGCAAGAGGAGAAAAAGUCGCAGACCGCCACCCGCGACGGCCACCACAGCCAAGAGUUUGGUUUUAUGAUAUGCUCAAAAACUGUACAUGCCAAUUCUGCUCUACCGAGCAACCUGAGCAUUGUGUGCUUAUAGAAGCACUUGAAGCAAAGCUCACAAGGGACUUCAUAGAGUCCCAAAAACCAGUAAAAAGACCAGUAAAACGAGUGGCUACACCAGAAGUCAAGCAUGAAAUUUACAGACAGCUAGACCAGCGUAAGUAUGAAGAGCCGGAUCUACUUAAAGAGAGAUGCUCUUCGGAUCCCUUCGGCGAUGACGGCGAGCCUAGUGAGAUGCACGAAGAAAGUCCCGAGCAAGCGAUUGGUAACGUUAACGUCAAUAGAGAAGACCAAAACAAACCACGAGCCAAGAGGAUACACCGCAAGAGCGUGCAGAACACUCUAAAAACGGAUGACCCUAUUAUUACGGUAAAGGAUGUACCAAAGAGACGCCGCCAGAGUCAGUAA